AAUUUCUCCCCAUUUUGAUUUGCAAUGUCGGAUGAGCAAUUCCUUGAUUUCACAAAAACGAAACCAAACCUCAACCUCCCAGUUGCUUUUGAGGAGCUAAACCAUGAAGCGUUUAGGUCUCUACACCCAGAUCAAUUCAGUGGUUUACGUGUAAACUAUUCUGCUGCCAUUUAUGAUCAGAAGGUUUUCAUCAGUUCCACGAACUCAGAAGCGAAUAAUGAAUGUGGUGGAUACUUCUUUCACCCUAAGCUGGUACUUGUUGGAAAAGCAUCUACAGACGGUACUCUCAAUGCGAGAGUGAAAGCUUCUGUAACUGAACAAAUUCUCCUCAAGGCCAGUGCAACGUCGUCGACUGCUCUUGUCACCCUCGAGUACACGGGGCUAAGCAACCGAUCACAACUGCAGCUCGGGAGCAACGGCUUGAUGGGAGCUACAUACAUACAGCGAGUCUCACCCCGCCUUUCACUAGGAAGUGAGUUUGUUUGGGCGGGUGUUUCUCAAAAGUCUGCAGUUGGAUUUGGCGUUGCCACUGCUCAAGGCUUUGACACGGGUAACAUCCUUAUGACAUAUGUGCAUAAGGUCUCUAAAAAGGUUUCUCUAGCCACAGAGUUUGUCUUCAACUACCUCGCAAAUGAUGCAAAAGCCAGCUUUGGUUGUGACUACGUUUUCGAUCAGUGUCGUCUCCGAGGCAAUGCUGAUUCUGAGGGUGCGGUUUGUGCUCUUAUCGAGGGUGGAUUGGGUACUGGAAAGAUUAGUCUUUCGGCCAAACUGGCGGAUUUGAAGAAAGGAGAUGUUGUUUUCGGAUUAGGCAUAGCCUUAGAUGUCCAAGAUGGAGGAGUUCACUACCCGAUCAGCUCCAACCUUGAUAACAUAAGAAGAAUGGUCAAGUUUAACGACUCAAAUCAUAAACUUUUGUCUGCACCUAUGUGAUACUUUCUUCUUAUACUAUCCAAGUUACGUUAUUCAAAUUUUUAGUCUUUGGGAGAAUUUGUAUUUGUUAUUGGAAUUCUGAACAACCCUGAUAAUUAUUAGUCUUUCUGGAGUUGUCGCGAGUAUUUUUUUACUUCUACCGAUUUUGCUUUCUCAGUUUUGUUUCCGUCUUUUGCAUAUAUGUUUAAUACUACCAUUGAACAAAUCUCAAAGUUUUGU